UUUCGCUUAGUUAAACGCGAACACUUACGGGCUUUCGACGGUCGGCCCGGAAAGCAAAACCAGUCAAAACGCAGGACUCGUCGGGCUAUGAAAUUCACAGAACACUAGUUUAUCCAAAAAAAAAAAAAAAAGUUCCGAUAAAAUGAGUUCCGCCGGCGGUGACAAAUACCAAUACCUGGCUGCCAUAAGUGUCAACAUAAUAACCAUUUCGUAUGGCGCCUUUUGCGGUUGGCCAUCGGCCAGUUUCCUGGAACUAUCUGCGGAGGACAGCCCCCUGGAAACGGGACCCCUGAGCCCCAAGGAUCAGGGAUGGGUGGCAUCGAAUAUCUGCACGGGAGGCCUGUUCGGCACCCUUUUGUUCACCUGGUUGUCUGAGAAAAUUGGCAGGAGACAGAGCCUGCUCUGGAUGGCAUUGCCCAACUUGUUGGGCUGGGUGAUGAUACCAUUUGCCCGCAAUCCGAUGCACUUGAACAUCGCGCGAUUUAUCGGAGGAGCGGCUGGCGGUGGAUGUUUCACAGUGAUUCCCAUCUAUGUGGCUGAAUUGGCCUCCGACAAUAUUCGAGGUGUCCUGGGUGUCUUCCUGGUGCUCACCUGCAACGCUGGUGUUCUGCUGGCAUUCAUCCUCGGCUACUACUUCAACUAUGCCCAAGUCUGCUGGAUUGUGUCCACUUUGUCCUUCGUUUUUGUUGGUUGCUUCUGGUUCAUGCCCGAAACACCACAGUACCUGGUGAAGAUCAACAAGACCGAGGAGGCAGAGCACUCCCUUCGCUACUAUCGGAACAUCAGGUCCAAUCCUGCGAAGGAACUGAGCGAGGAGCUGCAGUUCGAGUUGCAGAAGCUGAAGCCCACCGAGAAACCCUCCGCAGAUGGUGAGGAAAUCGAGGCUGAGACCACUGGUGUCACCUGGAGAGAUUUUGCGGAGGGCAAGAACCGGAAGGCCUUCCUCAUCGGAAUCGGACUGAUAAGCUUCAACCAGCUGUGCGGCUGCUUCGCCAUGCUGAUCUACACGGCCGUGAUCUUCCAGCAGGCGGGCUCCAGCCUGUCCCCCACGGUGGCCGCCAUCGUGGUGGGAGCCAUCCAGCUGCUGGGCACCUACGCCUCCUACGUCCUGGUGGAGCGCCUGGGCCGGAAGAUCCUGCUGGUGGUUUCCGCCGUGGGAAUCGGACUGGGCCAGAGCGCCAUGGCCACGUACAGCUACUUGCAGGUGCUCGGGAUCGAUGUGACCUCCUUCGGCUGGGUGCCCAUCGCCGGGUUCUCCUUCAUGCUCUUCGUGGCCGCCUGCGGAUUGCUGUCCCUGCCCUUCCUGGUGAUAUCGGAGAUCAUGCCGCAGAAGAUCAGGAGCACCGCGAUGAUGAUCACCAUGACCGUGCUCUGGGUGAUCUCCACCUGCACCAUCAAGAUGAUGCCCAUUUUCACGGAAACAAUGGGAAUGCACGGCACCGUUUACAUGUUUGCCAGCUUGUCAUUCGCAGCAGCCGUCUUCAUCGCCAUUUUUGUGCCCGAGACGAAGGGCAAGACAAUCGAAGCCAUCAUGGCCAGCCUAUAGAAACAUUAGUACUUAACUUGUUAUUGUUUUCAAUAAAAUCUCACGGAAAAUCAAA